UUCGCUGCAGUUUCGGCGAUCAUUCGUGUUACAGAAGAUGUAGGAUUGGUUGGAUGGUAGGAAGUUACUGUAGUUUGUUUCAGUUUCCGUUGCGAAGGGAGAGCAAAGAGACCGAGAGAGAGAGAGAGAGUUUAAAAAAACAAAACAAAAAACAAAACUUCCUCAGCCCCAGAACAUUUUUACGCAGCGAGUUUAAUUUUUCGUUUUUCUUUUGUUUUAGAAAAAAACGACUGUUUAUAGAAUAUAUAUAAACAUGUUGUGAAAUUAAAUCUGAAUAACAUUGAUUUCACGGAAUAACAAGAUCAUCACAACAGCCCCCUUCCUCCCCCCUGUGUAAUACUGCAAGACCUGGCAAAGACUGUACUGUAGUAAAAUCGUCACGACAUGAGGUGUAUGGUGGCGGUCGAAGGAGGAGGAGCCGCUGUGGGUAAAUUAUAUUAAAUUGGGACUUUAAAAACAAUACAACUAGGGAAAAUAUAUAUUUUUAACGAAACGUAUUUUUAAACUCGGUGCUAUAUGGUUGCAUUGACCCGGUCGUACUGAUUCUGUGUGUUUCGCCUGUUUGAUGAGUUUCGUUUCGAGAACACCCCGGUUUGGAAAUAGGAUUUGCUGGAUGUUUUUGAGUCAAAAGAUAGGGCAGUUUCUUGUCGGCGGUGAAGAUGGGGGACUUUUAUGACCCAGAGCAUCCAACGGACCGCUGCCAGCCUCCCUCAGUGACAUUUCAAAGCUGCGCUGGGCUAUGCAGAAUCUGCGCAUAUUUCUGUGGGGGUGUUGAGUGACGUCUAGAGUGCAUAGCCGCGAUUCUGAGCAGCACUGUGCAGUACUGCGGAAAUCUGUGCUUUUAACUACUCAAAUAAAAUUAGCAGACACCCAUGACUGCAACAGGAUAACCUGUUUAUUGUCAACGUAGUUUUGUUUAAACAAGUUAUAACAGUAUUCCAAUUUUCUUAGGUGUGACAUCACCUUGAAGCGCUUGCUGCUCUGAGUUCAUUCCUGCCAGGCCAGAGGCUGCAAACCAGCACUGGCUAUCGAUUUGCAGAGACCCCGUAACGUGAGACCACCAGUAAAUGGAUACAUUCGUGGAAACACAGAUCAGGGAAGAGGGAAAUGAUUUGUCGGCUAAGGACAAAAAUCUGUCCAAAUCGUCCCUGCUUAAAGUUCCAAAAGGGGUGUCCUCAAGCCGCUUCCUGCCCAAGGGCACCAAGACUACGGUAAAUCUGGAGGAACAGGGCAGGCAGAAGGUCUCAUUCAGCUUCAGCUUACCCAGGAAGAACCUUCAGACCCGAUUCUUGCCACCAAUCAGCCCUGAGAAGUUGCAGAGCGACUCUCAGAUUGCCACUGUGACCACAACGUCGGCUCCCCCACAGGAAAAAACUGGACAACUCCAAGACAGUAAGAGUGAACCAUUUGAGCCACCUCCUGUGGAAGAGCAGCUCUCCCCACCCAAACUCAAGCUGGACAUGGGGAAGAUGCACUUCGAAAAGCAGCUUCUUAGUGUCACAUCCAAGCUUGAGACCACACCUCCCACUUCUCACACCACAUUGGAAGAGCCUUCACAGCCAGAACCUGAACCCAAAUCUGUAUCUGAACCCCAAAAUGACGUACAGAACCGUGCCUCUGAAGAACCCAUGAUGGAAGAUGGUCCCGAGGAUCCGAGCCCCUGCAAAGAGAAAGCUGCUGAUACUUCUCGUGUUGGAAAAGAAGGUGACGAGCAGAACAAUGUGAAGAAUGUACCCACCCAAUAUUCAGGGAAUCUGGAGACCAAGAAGAAGGUAUCACAGUCUGAGUGUGCCCAUCUUGGUUCAGAGUCUGAUGGUGAUUCAGUAAAGACUACUUCCAGCCACAAAUCAGGUGACCCCAAAAACGUAGUGUGUGCAGAGAAGAGCAAAGAUGUUAAGAGGAAUUUGACAGCCUCCAAAGCAGAAGAGUCUGGGAAGUCGUCGUCAUCAUCGUCUUCCUCUCGCACCAAGUCCGAGAAGGAUGAUAGACUUUCUAGUCAUUUGAAGUCCGACCGAGACUCAAGGCACACACCCUCACGUUCUUCUAGAUCCGAGAGUUACAGGCGGAGGAGCAGGUCACGUUCUAGAUCCAGAGGGUUAAGAACAAGCUCAUCCUUCUCUAGAUCUGAUAGAUCGUCAAGAACUGAUAGGUCUUCGAGGAAUGAUAGGUUACAUUACACCGAUUCAGAUAGGAAGUACCAUAGGAGCUCCCCCCACAGGGAGAGGAGUAGGUCCUCCCGUCCCCAGUCAGACAGGAGGUCUAAAGACAGUUCAGACUCUGAGGACGAUCACAAGAGGACUCCUUCCAAGGCCAGUGAUUCUAGAAGAGUCUCAACUCGUUCCUCUUUGCACAGGGAGUCAAAAACCUCUUCCUCCUCUUCCCACUCCAAAUCAGAAAAAGAUUCCAAAACAGAACCUUCUCACUCAUCAGAGUCAGAAAAAAGGACAAGAUGUCACUCAAAAUCUGAGCGGGAUUCGGAGACGUUGAGAAGGAAAUCUCCCGACAUUGAGCUUGAUCGAAGGAGGUCCAGCACACAUUCUAAAUUAGACAGCAUUGUAAACUCUCAUUCCAAAUUAAGUACGCUACCCAAGACCUCAGAGAAAAAAUUUAGAAGGACUACUUCAAGUUCGGACUCUGAGGAGGAGCUCAAAGGGAGGUCUCGGUCUCAGGUCUCAGAAAAGUCGUCUUUUGCUUCAAGGUCUGAUGAAUUACAGACUGCUAUUUCCAGAAAGACUAACAAAAAGACAGAUAAGGACGAACCAAAACGUUCCCCUUCCAAACCCAGGGAGUCUUCAGGUUCCCAAAAAUCAACACUAGCAACACUGACUCAUGAAACAGAGAGACAAUCGCAGAGAAAACCAAACUCCAAAUGCUCUGAGUCUAAGGCUGUUCCUAAAGAUCCUUAUUCAAAGAGUGGAAGUGGGGAUAGAAAAGAAACACUUUGCCUUGUGAACAAUACAAUUAAAGAUUCCUCCAGGAAGGAAUUUCAUGAAAUUGACAGCCAUCUAUGCAACCAACCAGCUACCCCAAAUCUAAAUGACAUUGAAAACAUAACUGUGCCUGAACCAGACCGUAUACAGGCAUCAGUGAUCCUAGACUGUUACAAAAUGGAACUUUCUAAUUGGACAAGGUCCAGUAACACUGAAAAAAAUACAACCUAUACAAACUGUUCUUCUCUAUCAAAAUUGCAAGAAAGUGACACAUUAACAGAUCACAUUAAAAGCCAGCUUUUAACAAGUGCAAUAUGCCAGUCCAGCCUAGUUUCUGCUGACAUCAAGGCUGCGUCUGCAUACUGUGAUUCUGAUAUGGUUGUGAAUGCGAUAGAUAAUAAUAGAGCUCCUGAAACUUUGUCUGACAAGCAGCAGGAAGGAAGCAAUUGCACAGAAAAUGAUAAAAUCCAAUCAAUGUAUGUGUCCAGUGAUCCCCACAUGAAUAUAGAUUUAAUACAGUAUACUUGCUCCUCUGAGCCUUCUGAGAAAACAGCGACAACUGAAAUUGUAUGUAAAAUGCAGAUGUCCCCUACAGCAACACGUACGGAACCCAAAGCUGUAAUGCUUGAGAGUGCUACUGGUGAAUCCAUGAAAGUCAAAGGAGAUUCCAUUAAAUGGAAAGAAGCAGCAGCAGCUGAUGCGUGCCUGGCUAGCUCCAUUAAAGAGCAACUCGGAGAAAAUAAAGACUCCAUAGAAAAAAAAUGUACCUCAAUGGAGCAUAGUAGCUCUGAGGUAAAACAUACCAUAUUAAACAAAGGAAAAAGCACUGCUGAAGGUUCCCAGAAGGAGCUUGAUUUGUGUAUAGACAAGCUGCCUGCAGAGCAGCAGGCUAACUUAGAAAAAUAUGAAAUCAUUCCUUCGCUGCAACCCGCUUGCACCAGAAAAGAGCUUUUACUGAAAGAAGAAAAGGACUCAAACCAAAAACACAAGGUAAAAGAACCCAACUCAAAUACAGUAGAACUUUCUCUUAAAGAAGAUCCUAUGUCAUUUCGAGAAGAACACCUUCUGAAAAAAGAUCCCAGCUCAAAUGCAGAGAUUUCCCUAAAAGGGGAACAAAUCUUAUAUUUUAAAGAGCACCCUCUAACUAAUGCAGACACAGUAGCACCUAAAGAACCGAGUUCAAAUAGAGAUAAUUUUCAGACUGAGUCAAACUUGGAUGUAGUAGAACAGGCUCUUAAAGAUGAUGUUGGAUUAGACCAAGAUAACUCUUCUGAACUACCCAGUACAGAUACAGUAGAAUGCUGUCUUUAUGAAGCGCCUAGCUCUGUGCAGUUGUUUCUAAAGGGUGAACCCAAUUCCAAACCAGUUGGAUGCUCCGUAAAAGGACAGCCUAUCUCAAGUGGUGAAUUUUGCUUGGAAAAGCAGCCAACCUCCAAUGGAGAAGAAAGCUUUGCAAGAACAGAUAAAGUUACCAACCAAGUGGACAGUUCUGUGUGGCAGCCAGAAGAGCUAUCGGUUAGGCAUGUUAAGCCAGAGCUGCAAUCUCCCAGUGAGGCAAGGCAUAACAGCAAUACUGAAGAACAAUUUUUUGUUGUUUCGAAGUUUGUAGAAGAUGUCAAGGAGUCUUGCUGUACCUCAGUAGGCACAGGAAAAGAUGAGGGUUCAUGGCAGAGCAAGCCGGACAGCAGUUGUGUUUCCUCUAAGGUGAGUGGAGCAGACCACAUGGGAGGAAGAGUGGACGACAGCAAGGAGGAGGAAGAUCAAGAUAGCGAGGAGAGCGAUACAGAGGAGUCCGACUCUGACUCUGAUGACAGUGGCAUACCCAAGAACCGUCUACAAUCUGUGGUGAUUGUGCCCAAAAACUCCAGCCACACCCAGGAUAUCAGAGGCUUGUUGACCCCCUCUUCCAGCCGCAGCACCACACCGGAUCGGAGGUCCAAAGACUGGGCUCAGCCUGGAGCCAGGGAUGUUUGCGGCCACACCUCGUCUGAUGAAGAAAACAUUAGAGAUAAAUCCAGGAAGAGGUGCAGGAGCCGGGAGAGAAGACUGCAAGCUACUAGUCCUCGGCCAACAGAGAGUGGCAGGCAAAGCUUUACAUCUGCUGCAGAGAGGUUCCAUGAUGGUGGACAACCUCAAAGCACUGCCUACCAGUCACAGAGCAAUAUGGUAGACAGCACCAGCCAUUCUGCUGGCAUCCCCUGUCCUGAACCUCGCUUGGAACAUGAAUCGCAGGCCCAGGAAAAAACAAAGCAAACACUGGCAUUGAUGUACAUUCAAACUGAACCUAGUCAUUUCAAUUCCUGGGAGGCAACCCUGUCUGGAGGCCACAGAUACUAUGAAAAACCAGACAGUCGACAGGGAAAGGGGUGGUCUUCAAGGCAGGAGUACUAUCAGUCCGGGGAUUUCUCCAAAGUGGAUGGCUUCCCCAGUAGUGAUGAUGGUUACACCCUGGGCUGGGAUUUCUCACAGCCUGAAAUGCCCAGCAGCACUUACCAGCAACCAGACAGCAGCUAUGGGGUCUACUCUGGCUACACUCAACAGCAGCAGCAGAUUCCUCUGCAAGGGAAUUGCACAGCGGGACAGCUUUACAGACAGGGUAACACCUACUGGGAUCCCCGAUCAGAGGGUUACGGGACACUUUGUGCUAGUGGCACCUCACAGUACCAGGAACCUGUGAGCCAGGUGCACCCUGACUCACUCACCAAUGAUUAUGAGGAUGAAGAGAGAUCCAGCCAGCUAGCAAGUGCAAGCAGUACAGGAGAUCCCCACCAGCAAAAGGCACAAGCACCUCCUUCCUUUGUCCAGGCUAAUGAGAUCAGCAGCAAUUCCAAGGGGGCCAUCGGCAGCACUUCAGAAAGGGAGAAGGUGCGCAAGGAGAGCCACAAGCCAUCCAAAGGGAAAGGGCCCUUGAAAAAGAGGCGUCCUGAACUGGAGUCGGACUCUGAAAACGAGGCAGACCCAGGGCCCCCCAAGAAGGAUCAUGUGGAUGAAGGGAAAGUCUUAGCGGUCCCUUCUCCUUGCCAAUCGGAGAAUGGGCACCCCCUCUGCAGCCUGCAGGACUUGCAGGACCAGCAAGCCUGGAAGGAGGGAUCCAAAACUGGGAAGAUGCCACCUUACUUCAACCUCAUUGAAGAGAACCUCUACUUAACUGAAAGGAAGAAGAGCAAGUCUCACCGUGAUAUCAAACGCAUGCAGUGCGAAUGCAGCUUGCUGUCCAAGGAGGAGAAGGCCCAGGGGAGAGGGGCCUGCGGAGAGGACUGCCUGAACCGACUGCUCAUGAUCGAAUGUUCCUCCCGGUGCCCCAAUGGACCAUAUUGUUCAAAUCGACGUUUCCAGCUCAAGCAGCAUGCAGAUUUCGAGGUCAUUUUGACAGAGAGUAAAGGCUGGGGGCUGCGGGCAGCCAAGGACUUGGCCCAGAACACCUUUGUACUUGAGUACUGUGGAGAGGUCCUGGAUCACAAGGAGUUCAAGGCCCGAGUGAAGGAGUAUGCACGCAACAAGAACGUUCACUACUACUUCAUGGCCUUGAAGAACAAUGAGAUCAUUGAUGCUACUCAAAAGGGAAACUGCUCACGGUUCAUGAACCACAGCUGUGAACCAAACUGUGAAACUCAGAAGUGGACUGUGAAUGGACAGCUGCGAGUUGGGUUCUUCACUACUAAGUUGGUUCCUGCAGGAACAGAGCUCACUUUCGACUACCAGUUCCAGAGAUAUGGAAAAGAGGCGCAAAAGUGUUUCUGCGGGGCACCCAGCUGUCGCGGUUUUCUGGGCGGGGAAAACCGGGUCAGCGUCCGGGCUGCAGGAGGCAAGAUGAAGAAGGAGCGGCCCCGUAAGAAAGACUCUGUGGACGAAGAGCUAGAAGCCUUACUGGAGAAUGGAGAUGGGCUGUCAGAUGAGAAACAGGUGCUGUCUCUGUGCCGGCUCAUGGUGAGAGUGGAGACGAUGGAGCAGAAACUCACCUGCCUUAAACUCAUACAGAACACCCAGAACCCGACCUGUCUGAAGCUGUUCCUGGAUCACCACGGGCUUUCCCUGCUCUGGAUUUUCAUGGUGGAGCUGGGAGAGGGGAAAGGCAACUCCAGCAACAACAUGAAACUGCAGAUGGAGAUAAUAAAGAGCCUGGAGGUGCUGCCAAUAUCCACUAAGAACAUGCUAGAGGAGAGUAAAGUCCUGCACUUCAUCCAGCGCUGGGCCCAGACCAAGACUCUGCUGCCCCAGGUGAGCGAGCUGGACGGCUACUCCAGCGAGAACACGUCGCGCGCGCAGACCCCCCUCAACACCCCUGAUGGUGCGGGCUGCAGCAAGCCUGCCCAAGAGCUGGACACAGAGACGCCCAAACGGGCUGUCUACCGGCGCCUUAAGAUUAUCAGUGAGAACAGUAUGGACAGCGCACUUUCUGACGCCAGCAAGGCCUCAGAUGUGGAGCUGGAGGCCAAGGAGGGCAAGGAAGAGGAGGAGGAAGAGGAUGAAGCAGACUCCUCGCAGGCAGACCUAGCUGAGAGCCAGCCCUGUGAAAGCCAGUCCUCCGAGAGCAGAGAGUCCCAGGACAACAGUGUACAGCCUCCUGACAACACAGGCGAGUCUCGGGCUGAGCCACAGACCGAGCCCCGGGCUGAAGGAGACUCUCAGACCACAUGUGUGGAAACCAGUGCCAAGAGUGAAGACAUUGGGGUCAAAGACACAGGGGACUUUAGGAUUGGGAGGGGUGAGGAGCUGGCUCCAUGUGAAAAGGCCAGGGAUAGUGAUAAAUCCAGGGCUGAGAGUGGGGUCCCACAAGAGGGGGAGGAGAAGGAGGAAGAGCAGACUAGUGUCCAGCCAGGCAAGACUGAAGGAGGGGACCCCCACACAGAGUCCGAAGUUCCCCAGUCCAGGAGUCUGUGCCUUCAGGCAGAGCUGAAGCAGCAGCCCCAGGAUGAAGAUCCCGAGGUCGGACCGAAGCUGGAGGAGUCAAUGGCUGUGGAGACACCCUCUCAGGACGAGGAGGAGGGGGUGUCUGACGUGGAGAGCGAGCGCAGCCAGGAGCCCACCCACAAGAUCACAGACAUCAGCGAGAUGGCCUCCAAGCUGCUGGACAACUGGAAGGAUUUGAAGGAGGUGUACAGGAUUCCCAAGAAGAGCCAAGUGGAGAAGGAACCACAGGAACGAGGUCGGGACAGUCAGAGUCUGCGGGACCACCAUCUGACUCCACGCACCCCCUCGGGGAGUCUGGAGAGGGACAGGGACAGGGACAGAGACAGGGACAGGGACAGAGAGUCAGAGAGGACACCCCACAGCAAGGAUCGGAAGAGGCGCCGUUCUUCUCUUUCCCCCCCACAUUCUAUCUAUGAGAGGAGCAACAGGAGAGGAGACGACCGGUAUGAUGUCCAGAGCAACAGCAGUAAGAAGGGCAGGACCAAGGAGCGCAACAAGCUGUCGACAGAGGAGCGGCGCAAACUGUUUGAGCAGGAGGUGGCUCAGCGCGAGGCUCACAAACAGCAACAGCUGCAGCACACCCUGGGGGUCGGCUCACCCAUGCCCUACGAUCCCCUGGGCACCUACGCCAGCAGCACCCACCAGAGCUUCUACCCGCCGGGCUACCCCAUUCAGACUUACGUGGACCCCAGCAACCCCAAUGCAGGCAAGGUCCUGCUGCCCACCCCUCCUGUGGAGCCCAUGUGCGGCACACUGGCUUACGAACAGAUGACACCCCAGCCCCUUCUCCCAGACCCCGGCCUCCCCUCACCCACACAGCAGCCCGUUGCAGCCAUACAGCAUGUUCCCACAACCAUCGAAGUACCCAGCACUCCGCAGUACAUGCAGCAGAGCGUGCCCCAGGACCCUGCCCUUUCUGUCCUCUCAGGGCCCACACCAACAGGGCAGCAGCAGGUUCAGGGGCAGAGUUACACCUUGUGGGACCACAGUGCUCAGCAGCCCUUGGCAGUGCAGCCACAGCCCUACCAGCCGGCACAGCCACAGACUGCCGUCUACUACCAGAGUCAGCCCUGCCAGGCAGUAUACAGCAACGCCACGCCCUAUGCACAGACUAGCACUACCGUGGUACAGGGCUAUGCACAGCCAGUCACCCCGUACAUCCAGGGCCAGCAGUUGUAUUCAGCUCACCAGCAGGGGGUGGUGUUGCAGCAGGCAGGAACAGUAACAACAAUCUUAACGGCACAGACGGUGCAACAGGAGUUGUUGGUGCCAAACAGUUUGAUGGACCUGCCCCCUCCCUCACCCCCGAAACCCAAAACCAUUGUCCUUCCUCCCAACUGGAAAGCAGCACGGGACCCUGAGGGCAAGAUCUACUACUACCACGUAAUCACCAGACAAACGCAGUGGGACCCCCCCUGCUGGGAUGGAGGCAGUGAUGAUGCCAGUGUCGACCAUGAAGCCGAAAUGGACCUGGGGACACCCACAUACGAUGAGAACCCCACCAAGGAUCUGUCAAUGUCUCAGGAUGGGAGCUUAGAGGGGACUCCUAAUGCUUACCAGUUCUCCACAAAGGCUAAAACAGCGGAGGCAGACACCUCAAGCGAGUUAGCCAAGAAGAGUAAGGAGGUGUUUCGGAAAGAGAUGUCACAGUUUAUUGUGCAGUGCCUAAACCCCUACAGAAAGCCGGACUGCAAACUGGGCCGGAUAAGCAACACAGAGGAUUUCAAGCACCUUGCACGGAAGCUGACCCACGGGGUGAUGAACAAGGAGCUGAAGUCCUGCAAGAACCCAGAGGACCUGGAGUGCAAUGAAAAUGUGAAGCACAAAACCAAGGAGUACAUCAAGAAGUACAUGCAGAAAUUCGGUGCCGUGUACCGACCCAAAGAGGACCCAGACAUGGACUAGCACCUGCUGUCUGUGCUCAUAGACUCAAGACAAACGAGAGAGCACAGGGUUCCAUACUGGGCUAGGAGGUACCCCCCGGACUGCAAUACAUCAUUGUCUCCUUUGCAGGACACAAAGGAAAUUCUCCUGGGGAAGCGACUUCAGAUGAGGAAGAGAGAAAGAGGGAUUCAUGACAGCCCCCUUCUAGACUUGAACAAGGAGCUAUCGCUCCCAGUAGAGCUGAAUUACAGGAGUUCAAGAAGCCUUUUUAUUAACUGAGCCAGUCCCUGAUGAGAGAAGAUUCUCCCUCUAGGGCAACCACUUCAUUUAUGAAUGAAUUGUCAACCAUCAGCAGCGUUCUUCUGUUGCUAUGACUUGACAUAGGGUUACUUAUAUCCUGUACUUGCACAUGACAUUCAUAGAUGUGUGUGUUUGUAUAUGCAGGUUUGUAAGUCACAUGCCAUAGCUAACAGAUUGUCAAUGCAGGAUUGAAAGCUAUUCUGUUGGCCUGAAUUCAUCAAUUACUUAUUAGUCAUGAGUUUAUUGUGAUAAUCAUUUACUCAUUCAUUUUUCUCAAGGGUCGGGCUAAGUAUCUUGUAAGUAGGAAAGACAUUUGUCAUUUUUCUUAUAGAAGUGGUUGAAAUGAAGUGAUGAGUGAAUCUGAUGACUGCUACCAUGAAAUACACACACAGAACCAACACCAAAAUAAUGUGAUUUAACUAGGCAGUCGAACAUGUAUUUUAACCUUAGUAAGGAGGCCUGAUAGUUGAAAUGUUGACUGACUUGCAUCUGCUUCUUUUCCAGUGUGUGCCCUUUAAGCAUUAUGUGACCGCUCUUGAGACUGGUCUGCUGCUGUGUGCUUUUACACAGUCAGCCACACAAUGUAGAUGACAUCACAAUCUUGAAAAUUGCUUUAAAUGGUGACCUGUAUUUUCAAGCGAUCCAGUCAAAAAUACAUCCUAAAUACUGCUUUACAAAGGCAUCACACACACACACGAUUGAGUUUAUAGUAGCUUUAAUUCCCUCCACAGCUGUAGAUAAUUGACCUUGUCUUUCCUUAAGUGCACCUAACGGUUGCAUUGUUAAUUAUCUAGCAGAUAAUGACCCUUGCAUGGGACAUUAACUCUUGUAUUAUUAUUCUGGCUCAUUGUGGCACAAGUUAGUGUGCGUCUUACCAGACUGCUGUAUUUUGACAAUAUGUUAAGUCGAGGGCAUCCUGAAAUUGCAUUGUUCUUCAUGUGCAUUAUAACCUUGUACACACACACACACACACACACAUAAAAAUACUUCAAAUGCGUGAUGUAGGGGAGAGUGGACUUGUUUUCAAACUAACUACAAAAUAAAGGUGCAUUUCUGCAGAGGCCAGUCCUAUCUGCUUCUAUGUCUGUCUGUCUCCCUCUCUGUGUGACUGGCAUGGGAAUCCCAGACCUCCAGGGCUUUAACUGCAUUAAACUAUAGUUUCACAAUACAUGUAUUAUGAUGUUUUAACAUAUGUGAAUAUAUUGAUAAAUAUUUGGAUUUUUUUCUGUUUUUUUUUUUUUUUUUGUUUGUUUUGGUUUUUUUUUUUUCCCUAAUAACGAGAAUGUGUUUAAAAAUCCUUUGUAAAAGAAUGGUGUUUCAGAUUUUAAAAUGUAAAUAGAAAAGAAAAUGAAGUCUUCUCAACACUGCUGUGUGUUGCUGCCAGGUUAGUCUGAUGAUCCCGCCCUCUCCACCCCAUCCAUCUCGAAAGGUUACCGUGUUUUAUAACCACAGCUUUCUGUUAUUUAGGUUUUGUUCCAGUUUUUACUGAAAAGAAAAACAGAUUUCUAUGUACAAAGGAGACUCCUCUUCCAUGUAAGUAUGGUGUGAGGAUAUUGUGUAAAAUCUUUUAAAAGAAAAUAAACAUUUUUUAAAAAUUAAA